AUUUUUGGCACGUUCAUCGCACCAGGAGAGCAUCAUUUAUUUUUCGCCGGUGGAAGGGCUUGUCCAGUUUCUCCGCCUUGGAUUUGGAUUUGACAGCAGACUGUGCAUUAUUUUAAGCAUUUUGAAGACAUUGCGUUUUUUUUUACUUGGACUGGAGUCCGUUUUGUUGUUUGUCUAUUGUUUGUUUGAGUGGCUAAAUGAUGGCUACUUUACCAGGAACAAUGCCUCGGAUGAUGCGCCCUGCGCCAGGCCAGAACUACCCCCGAACCGGCUUCCCCCUGGAAGGUAAGAGAAAUGACAACACUUUUGUUGUUUAUUGUGGCGCAGUAUCCACCCCUCUGGGCCAGGGUAGGGUGAACCAGCUUGGCGGUGUGUUCAUCAACGGGAGGCCCCUGCCAAAUCACAUCCGACACAAGAUAGUGGAGAUGGCCCACCACGGCAUCCGACCCUGCGUAAUCUCGCGACAACUGCGAGUUUCUCACGGUUGUGUCUCCAAGAUCCUCUGCCGAUACCAAGAGACCGGCUCGAUCCGUCCGGGAGCCAUAGGAGGCAGCAAGCCCAGGCAGGUGGCAACUCCUGACGUGGAGAAGCGGAUCGAGGAGUACAAGAGAGAGAACCCCGGUAUGUUCAGCUGGGAGAUCCGGGAUAAGCUGCUGAAGGACGGGGUGUGCGACAGAAGCACAGUUCCUUCAGGUGAGGCUUCAUCUGUGAGCUCCAUCAGCCGCGUUUUGAGGGCCCGAUUUGGCAAAAAAGAUGACGAGGAUGACUCUGAUAAGAAGGAUGAAGAUGGAGAAAAGAAAACAAAGCAUAGCAUCGAUGGCAUCCUCGGUGAUAAAUGUAACCGCACAGACGAAGGUUCAGAUGUAGAUUCGGAGCCUGACUUGCCCCUGAAGAGGAAGCAGAGACGCAGUCGCACCACCUUCACCGCUGAGCAGCUGGAGGAGCUGGAGAAGGCUUUUGAAAGGACACAUUACCCAGACAUCUACACCAGAGAGGAGCUGGCUCAGAGGACAAAACUCACAGAGGCCAGAGUGCAGGUGUGGUUUAGCAACAGGCGAGCUCGGUGGCGUAAACAAGCUGGGGCCAAUCAGCUAGCGGCCUUCAACCACUUGCUUCCUGGAGGAUUUCCACCCACAGGGAUGCCAACUUUACCCACAUACCAGCUACCAGAGUCCAGCUACCCCGGCACCACACUAUCACAGGAGGGCAGCAGUACAUUGCACAGACCCCAACCCCUGCCUCCAUCCUCCAUGCACCAGGGAGGCCUGACUGCUGAUGGCAGCUCUGCUUAUUGUCUCUCGUCUAAUCGCCACGGCUUCUCCAGCUACUCCGAUACAUUCAUGAGCCCUUCAGCAUCCAGCAACCACAUGAACUCCGUCGGCAACGGACUCUCCCCACAGGUGAUGAGUAUCCUGAGUAACCCCAGCGCCGUACCCUCCCAGCCCCAGCACGACUUUUCUAUUUCCCCCCUGCACAGCAGCCUGGACAGCUCCAACCCCAUCUCAGCCAGCUGCAGCCAGCGCUCUGACACCAUCAAGGACAGCCUGGCUUCCUCCCAGUCAUACUGCCCCCCCACCUACAGCGCCACCAGCUACAGCGUGGACCCCGUCACUGCAGGCUACCAGUAUAGCCAGUACGGACAGACUGCUGUGGACUACCUGGCCAAGAACGUGAGCUUGUCCACCCAGAGGAGGAUGAAACUUGGAGACCACUCGGCCGUGCUGGGACUGCUGCAGGUGGAGACGGGACAAGCCUACUAAAGCCCCUCCCAUGACACACCCAGCACCACUCUCCUCCGCCCUCUGCCACCUUCCUCCAUGCUCCAUCAAGUCUGGACUCUAGCUCGCCCCUCUGCUGCUCGCUCUGAUGCCCGGCCAUUACAUCAGCACACAGACACGCAGCCUCGCCGUGUAACAGAGAAAGUGACGCUUGAGAGUGUGACAAGGCAAUUUGGGGAAUGGAACUAAACGCCAUUGUCAACCACCAGGCGGCUCUGUACCCUCUCUUCUCAACCUUUGGGCUUCUCUGCCUGCUCCUUGUACUCCUUCCCCAGCCCCAAACCCUGUUUUGUUUAGCUCAGAAGGCCAGACAGGACCCCAGAACACCCAAGGAUGAUCGGCCGUCUUGGCCCGGGUUCCUGUUUGUCUUGGCUGCAGUCCAGCACACAUUUAGAGCCAUCAACAACAUGUACUUUGACCUUGCUGUUCAUAGUAGUUAACAA